AUGGGGGCAAUGGAGCGCCCCGAGGUAACGGCCGGAUUUGCCGACUUCGACGCUGGCCAUCGGGAUCUGGUCACCGUCACCAGAUUUAACUUCUAUGGCAACCGUAUUGUUACCGCUUCUUCUGAUCACCGGAUGAAAGUUUGGGAUCUACAGGAUGGCAAAUGGCAACCGAUAGACACCUGGCGCGCGCACGAUGCCGAGAUUCGCGAUGCCACAUGGAAUAGUCCUUUCACAGGCCAACACAUUGGCAGUGUUGGAGAGGAUAUGAAGUUAAAAAUCUGGCAAGAAGAUGUCACCCAGCCAUUAAACACAGGACGGCGAUUCAAGUCAAUCUAUCGCAUGACUGCACCACAAAGGCAUCCAUUUGUAUCACUCGACUUUCGCAACAUUGACCUGGAGUCAUGGCUUGCCGUGAUCACACGGGACGGCUAUCUUAUGGUUAUGGAACCUGUCAGCCCCGAUAGCCUUGCAGAUUGGCAGCCUAUUGACCAGUUCCGUGUGUGCACUGCCCCGGAACGCGGCGAGGAAACAAGUUUCAAAGUCCAGUUCCAUCACGAUCCUACCGACAUUACCCACACUGUCUUACCGGAGUCCGAUCGGAAGAGCCUGUCGCUAAUUGUGGCUGCCAUGGACACCGUCAAGCUCUAUCGCACUGAUGCAAAUCGACGAUUCUACCAUGCAGUUGAACUCAAUGGGCACAGUGGUCUUGUGAGAGACAUCUCCUGGGCCAAUGGUUCUGUGCGUGGUUAUGAUCUUAUUGCGAGCGGCGGCAAGGAUGGUUUCAUCCGCAUCUUUGAAGUGUACACGACACCAGCUGGCCAAACACUACAGAUAUUCAACGGCCGGAAGGCAGAACUUCGCAAGCAGCCCCAGUCGCAGUCACAGUCGCCCCGAGCGACAUCGCAAUCCGGGAUCGGCUCUGCUCUAGCAAACCGUGUGCCUGCGUCGGUGACUGAUCGCCAAGCCAGCGGGGAGCCACAAUUUCGGCACUCGUUCAAACAGGUAGCUUGCAUUGACACCAAACACCUCGAUGUGUGGCAGGUCCAAUUCUCGUUUUCUGGUGACUCGUUGAUCUCCUCAGGAGACGAUGGAAAAGUUCGGUUCUGGAAAAGAUCUUUGUCUGGAGAAUGGCUCGAGUUCGCCGAAACAGACAUGGCGUCUCAGUGA